GUGGCCCGGAGGAGGCGGAGACAAUAUGGCCUCGCCUCCAGCUUGGAGGACCUAAGAGGCGCGGCCGGGGCCACGCCCCGGGCGGGAGGGCCGCUCUGUGCGCGCCCGCUCUAUGAUGCUUGCGCGCGUCCCCCGCGCGCCGCUCUGCGGGCGGGGCGGGUCUCCGGGAUUCCAAGGGCUCGGUUACGGAAGAAGCGCAGAGCCGGCUGGGGAGGGGGCUGGAUGCGCGCGCACCCGGGGGGAGGCCGCUGCUGCCCGGAGCAGGAGGAGGGGGAGAGCGCGGCGGGCGGCAGCGGCGCUGGCGGCGACUCCGCCAUAGAGCAGGGGGGCCAGGGCAGCGCGCUCGCUCCGUCCCCGGUGAGCGGCGUGCGCAGGGAAGGCGCUCGGGGCGGCGGCCGUGGCCGGGGGCGGUGGAAGCAGGCGGCCCGGGGCGGCGGCGUCUGUGGCCGUGGCCGUGGCCGUGGCCGGGGUCGGGGCCGUGGCCGGGGCCGGGGCCGGGGCCGCGGCCGUCCCCAGAGUGGCGGCAGCGGCCUUGGCGGCGACGGCGGCGGCGGCGCGGGCGGCUGCGGCGUCGGCAGCGGUGGCGGCGUCGCCCCCCGGCGGGAUCCUGUCCCUUUCCCGUCGGGGAGCUCGGGGCCGGGGCCCAGGGGACCCCGGGCCACGGAGAGCGGGAAGAGGAUGGACUGCCCGGCCCUCCCCCCCGGAUGGAAGAAGGAGGAAGUGAUCCGAAAAUCAGGGCUCAGUGCUGGCAAGAGCGAUGUCUACUACUUCAGUCCGAGUGGUAAGAAGUUCAGAAGUAAACCUCAGCUGGCAAGAUACCUGGGAAAUGCUGUUGACCUUAGCAGUUUUGACUUCAGAACCGGCAAGAUGAUGCCUAGUAAAUUACAGAAGAACAAACAGAGACUCCGGAAUGAUCCCCUCAAUCAGAACAAGGGUAAACCAGACCUGAACACAACAUUGCCAAUUAGACAAACUGCAUCAAUUUUCAAGCAGCCAGUAACCAAAGUCACCAACCACCCGAACAAUAAGGUGAAGUCAGACCCACAGCGGAUGAGUGAACAGCCACGUCAGCUUUUCUGGGAGAAGAGGCUACAAGGACUUAGCGCAUCAGAUGUAACAGAACAAAUUAUAAAAACCAUGGAGCUCCCUAAAGGCCUUCAAGGAGUUGGUCCAGGUAGUAAUGAUGAGACCCUUCUGUCUGCUGUGGCCAGUGCUUUACACACAAGCUCUGCGCCCAUCACAGGACAAGUCUCUGCUGCCGUGGAAAAGAACCCUGCUGUUUGGCUUAACACAUCUCAACCCCUCUGCAAAGCUUUCAUUGUUACAGAUGAAGACAUUAGGAAACAGGAAGAGCGAGUCCAACAAGUACGCAAGAAACUGGAGGAGGCACUGAUGGCCGACAUCCUGUCCCGGGCAGCGGACACGGAGGAAGUAGACAUUGACAUGGACAGUGGAGAUGAGGCGUAAGAAUAUGAUCAGGUAACUUUCGACUGACCUUCCCCAAGAGCAAAUUGCUAGAAACGGAAUUAAAACAUUUCCACUGGGUUUCGCCUGUAAGAAAAAGUGUACCUGAGCACAUAGCUUUUUAAUAGCACUAACCAAUGCCUUUCUAGAUGUAUUUUUGAUGUAUAUAUCUAUUAUUCCAAAUGAUGUUUAUUUUGAAUCCUAGGACUUAAAAAUGAGUCUUUUAUAAUAUCAAGCAGGGCCCUUACAGUGCAGUGCAGCUUUGAGGCCAGGUACAGUCUACUGGAAAUGUAGCACUUACGUGAAAUAUUUGUUCCCCCCACAGUUUUAAUAUAAACAGAUCAGGAGUACCAAAUAAGUUUCCCAAUUAAAGAUUAUUAUACUUCACUGUAUAUAAACAGAUUUUUAUACUUUAUUGAAAGAAGAUACCUGUACAUUCUUCCAUCAUCACUGUAAAGACAAAUAAAUUACUAUAUUCACAGAC